GUGGCGAUCGCCCUGUCCAGGGCCAGCCUGACAUUCACGAGCUCCUGCUACUUGCACAGCUGCUGUGCCAAGUCCUGCUCAACUUGCUGUGUCCUUACUGCCCCCCACCCGUGCUGCCUGGCAAUCAGCGAGGGCCGCCUCCAUCCAAGCCCUCUGGCCUUUGACGGCCUGGACCUCAGCGGGGAGUCAGCUGAUGUUGUGGUUCACCUCAGAAAUCUCCCUCUGGUGCGUCGGAGGUCAUUGGCAUGCUUCCCAGCCGAGUUCUGCAGCUCCUACUACUUGAUCUGGGACAGCCCUCAGUCUCCGCCCGGCUGCGGCUGGCCAUCUCCUGGUACCGGACCUUGAGCUCGCGAUGAUGCCCUCUGGUCCAGGGAGCGGCUGCUGUCCAUGGAGAGGCCCGUGGAGGUGUCGGAGAUCUGUGGCCGACUCCAGCUCUGCCUCAUUCGCGUGAGCUUCACCCACAGCCUUCUUGAUGGCGACAGAUGCAUUCUCCAUCUCUGCACACUCUUCGGUCUCUUCCUCGUAUUUAUUCUGAAGUCCUGCGCCAGCCCCUGCAUAUUGCCCAGUGCCACCUGCAGCUUCGGAGUCUCCUGGACCACGGUGUCCACCUGCCGACAAAGCUUGUUGAGGUAGCUCUGGAGCAUGUUGUCCUUGUUGCUCUGAGCUGUUCCCUGCUGCUGUGGGAGGCUCUCCCUGGUCUCCAGAAUCUCAUUCUGCUGCUCCAGGUUCCACACCUUGUCGCUAAAGGAGGCAAACUUGCUGCUGAGGGAGGGUCUUGACCUGCUCCUUCUCCUGGGUGCACUCGGUCUGGAUGUUGGGGUUCGCCUCCAGCUUAAGAGGACUCAGCAGGCUCUGGUUCACCGAGACACCCCGAAACCCACCGUAGCCACGACCAUACUCAUGCGGGUGUCCAGGCCAUCUUGCAAGCUGCUGCGGCGGCCCACUGGGAAAAGGCUGGGGGGGCAGGAUGCGGGCAGCAGGCCCAUGUGUAUGAGCAGCUGCUGAAGCCCUGGGGGCCUGAGGUGGACACCUCGUAGGACUUCUGGGUCACUCUGAUGGACGUGAUGGAGGCUGGAGCAGAGGUUUGGACACCAGGGCUACCUGUGGUGUUUCAGGUAAGUAAGCACCAUAGCUUGGGGCGAGUGAGGAUAAGAUCUCCAGCUCACUGUUCAGGAUAAUGCUUAGUAGAACCAAAUGUGUCAUUGACCUUUUGUGUUCAUGAGAGAGAAGAGUCAAUGGCAGGGCUCUUCUUAGAAUGAUAUCUCAGAGUCUGGUCUAUUAUCUUCCAAGUCAUCUUGCACUUGCUCACACAGAACCUUACCUGACACUUUGCUUCUCACCUACUUUCCAAAGAGCUUUUCCUAGUUACUCUUUAUUGCUUGGCUUUUCAGGUUGUUUUCUGAGAACCCUACACCUUACACUCUGGGUAGGCAGUUGCUUUACUUUUUUACUUUUUGCUUUGACGUUGCUAAGGGGAUGCCCAAGGCCCUGUCUGCCUACCCCCACCUGCCCUUUCCCGGUUUUGUCACAGUGUUCUCUGGCCACAGAAGUUGGACCAGGUGUCAGUAUAAGACACAACAAGAUCCUUCCUGGAUAGAAACUGGAUUUCUAGCUGUAAGACUGGAGACCUGGGAGCUUCAAACAACCCAAUGUUCUGCAGAGAAAAGCAGAUGGCAGCCAAGUGAGAAGACAUGCUCCAGUACCUGCCGUGAGAGAUGGGGGACUGUUCGCCUACACCAAGCCCCAGGCCCAGGUGUUCCUGAGGUUUAGGGACAUUCUUGGCUGUCCUGUCCCUUGGUUGAUAAGCUCCUAAAAACUCUACAUUUUUGCUUAAACCAGGUCAAGUUUGGAUUUCUAUUAUAUGAAGUCAGAUAUUCUAACUGAUAAAGUACUGCUAAUAGUCAUUUUUGUUUACCUGUUUAUUUUUUGUUAUAAUAGUCUGCAUGUAUUGAGCAUGUUCCGUGGACCAUUUAAUCUGAGCAACACUCCUCAAAGGAUUUUCAAGGCUUGUUUGUACUCAGAAUUCAGCAUCUUAGAGUUGCUCAUCUUAUCAUUGUCUCAUAGCACACUCUUUACCCCUCUGAGUAUUUGCUUCUAUGGUUGCCUCAGACUCUAUUGCUUAUUCCUCAGUGUAGAAUUCUGCCUGGCAAAGUCCUGCUCAUCCUCCAAAGCCAACUUUGAUGUAGCCACUCAUAGAGACUUCUCUGCUCCUGGCAGAAUGAAUCACUCCCUUUCUUCUUGCCCUCCAAUUCACAUUAAGUUAUGCUUAAUUGGUUACAAGUCUGACUCCAAUACUAUGUUGAGAGCUCCGUGCAGGCGUGGACCGUGUAUUCUUCAUUUGUCUAACUCCUGUUCUGGACACAAUACCUGCCCUAGCAUAGGUGUUUAAUAACUACUUGUUGAGUUACAUCAAUUUGGGGAACUGCAGAGCCUAACCAGUGCAAAUGAAGAAAUUAUAUUCUUGUGCCUGGACAAAUAUGAAAAAUGGCACAAGAUGGCCCUGCUGCUAUGGCUCAGGUGAGCAGGUGUCUUUACGGGGGGUGUGGGGGGACCGUCUGGUGUGACUAAUGAGAGACUUCCCACCUAUCACUUAUAAUACACUUUACUCUCAAUACCUAUUGAAUCUGAACACUUUUCACUAACUGAAUUUGCAAUGCCCAGGCACUCACUGUGGCAUAGAAAAUUGAAAAUAGGCAUUUAUUUAUGAUCCUUGACUGCAUCCCAGGUGACGUCCUGAAUAUUAUUUUUGUCAGAGGUGGCUUUAUAGUAAUUGAAGGGUACGCGACCAUGUAGCAUGGGGCAGUGUUUUUGUUUUCCAGGAUUGGAGAUGACUGUUUCAUGGCCCAAGCCCUGAGCAUUGCCUCUGGGCUUGGCUCUGAAGUUUAAAGUUUGCCUUUUUAGGACAAUGAUUUCAAUGUCUCCAGUGGCUCCAGUGGCUCCAGUGGCUCAGCUGCCCUCGGAUCUCGUCCAUAAAUCAACCAGUGUGAGGCAACUGGCAGCAGGAAAGGGUGGAGCCUUAUUGCAUACAGACCAGGAGGUACAGAAGCCAGAAUGUAACAACACUUCAGUGAAAAUGAGGAAGCAAGAGAAAUCACUAGUUUGGCUUACAAAUCCAACACUAAGUUCUCAAACUGCUUUGAACUCUUUUUUCCCAGGUACCUCCAGAUCAUCAGUUACUCGAUGUAAACCAGGGGCCAACUACCCCAGUUCCCACAGUGGUAUCAGUAGACAACUCUCCCCUCUUUCUGUCACUGAAGAUUCUUCUGCUCCUAUUUUUGAACUUCAGAGCCGAGGAUCCUCUGGAGUUUGCGGACACAGAGUCGAAAGGCAGAACAGAUCAGGGGAGGAUGGAACACAGACUCUUCCUGAGAACAGCAGUCAAGAAAACAGAAGCAAGGCUCGCUGCCGGUCCUGCACGUCCAUGGUCCUGAAGGCCGUCUGGGGACUCUUGAUCAUCUUGUCAGUGUCAUCAUCUUGGGUUGGAACCACACAGAUUGUAAAAAUUACUUACAAGAACUUCUACUGUCCAUUUUUCAUGACUUGGUUUUCAACAAACUGGAACAUUAUGUUUUUCCCAGUCUAUUAUUCCGGUCAUCUGGCCACUGCUCAAGAAAAACAAUCUCCGAUGAAAAAAUUCAGGGAAUGCAGUCGGAUUUUUGGUGAAGAUGGUCUGACAUUGAAGCUCUUUCUUAAAAGAACUGCUCCCUUUUCUAUUCUAUGGACUUUGACUAAUUACCUGUAUUUACUGGCUUUAAAGAAGCUGACAGCCACGGAUGUCUCUGCUCUGUUCUGUUGUAACAAAGCCUUUGUCUUCUUGCUGUCGUGGAUCGUGCUGAAAGACAGGUUCAUGGGAGUGAGGAUAGUUGCUGCAAUUAUGGCCAUUACGGGUAUCGUCAUGAUGGCAUAUGCAGAUAAUUUCCACACAGAUUCUAUCAUAGGAGUGGCAUUCGCAGUGGGCUCAGCCUCUACAUCUGCAUUAUAUAAGGUUUUGUUCAAGAUGUUUCUUGGAAGUGCCAACUUCGGUGAAGCAGCACACUUUGUCUCCACAUUGGGUUUCUUCAAUUUGAUCUUCAUCUCUUUCACCCCGAUCAUCCUGUAUUUCACCAAGGUGGAGCACUGGUCCUCAUUUGCAGCUCUGCCAUGGGGCUAUCUCUGUGGGAUGGCCGGGCUGUGGCUGGCCUUCAAUAUCCUGGUGAAUGUCGGCGUGGUGCUGACAUACCCAAUCCUGAUCUCCAUCGGGACAGUGCUCAGCGUUCCUGGAAAUGCAGCUGUGGAUCUCCUGAAGCAGGAGGUGAUAUUCAAUGUCGUCCGCCUGGCUGCUACCAUCAUCAUCUGCAUUGGGUUUCUGCUGAUGCUGUUGCCGGAGGAGUGGGACGAAAUUACCCUGAGAUUCAUCAACAGCCUGAAGGAAAAGAAGAGCGAGGAUCAUGUGGAGGACAUCACUGACCCCAGUGUGCACCUGCGGACCAGAAGCCGGGCCAAUGGGACUGUGUCUAUACCACUGGCUUAACGAGGGACACAUUUUGGAUGCACGUGUAUGUAUAUUCUGUGAAUAUAAUAAAAUUUUCUCACUACCUGUACACUCAAAUGACAGUAUUAACUCUGAAUCUCGAUAAGUCAUAUGUGAAAUAAUGCCAAUGAUAAAAGUUUACAUUUAUACGCUUA